CGCGCCAAGCAUAAACAGCCGUUAUCGUAUAAUUAAUUAUUCUGCGAAAUAUGACGUCAAAAUUAGUGAUGACGUAGAAAGAUGGCGGCGCCCGUAUUUUUACAUGACAGAUUGUAAACACAACAAAUAUGGACACUUUCGAGGAGCUGGAUGAUCUUCUGUCAAGUUUCGGUUUGUCACAUCAGUCAAACACGUGUAAUUCUGUAGCCAUCCGAAAUGAAAGUGAAAAUGAAGUUAUAGAGGCACCAGAUAUAUCCAUUGAGUCACGACUCGACAUAUAUUUUACAGCUGGUCUUGUUUUGGAUUCUGUUAAUGCAGACAAUCAAGGUAAUGCUGACACUUACCAAAAUAGUGAGGAUCCGCAGAGUGGCAUUGACAAUCUGAAACACAUUUAUGACAGUGGCUGUAAAUGUACUAAAACUGAUUCAGUAAUUUAUCCUUUCCUCUGA